UAAGGGAAUAGAUUUUCAAAACGUCUGGCUAGAAUGGAGGUGUUUGCGCUCCAGAGAUGGAUAAAGUGGCAUGUUUCUUGGGCACAGUUUGCAAUAAAUCUCCAGGCAUCAGCAGGAUAUUCUCUUGGUGAGCAAAAGGGGAGGGAUCAGCUUUGUCACUGAAGCCAAAUCAAGUAUCAAAUAGUUUCCAGCCAGACUGUUUGAAACCUCUGCUGAGACAGUGUCUGCUGUAAGAAGGAAGUGGUGAAUCCAGCAGAAGCUAAGUGGCAACAUGUCUGAGUUGCAGCAGCUGAUGCAGGACUCUGUGCCCUCUGCGAGGGGUGUUCUACAAGACAACUACAGCAACCUCCUCAAAGUGGCAGAUUAUUGUGACAGCAACUAUGAGCAGGCUCAAGACAAACGAAAAGCCCUAGAGGAAACCAUGGCUUUCACAGUUCAGUCAUUAGCCAGUGUGACCUAUCAAAUCAGUAACCUAGCCAGCAACAUCCUCAAAAUAUUUGACUUGCAGACCAUUCAUCUUCAACAAGUGGAAGCCAAAGUUUGUUCCAUUGCACAGGUGGUAGAAAUGCAUAAGGAGAAGGUAUCCCGGCAUGAAAUUGGGAUGCUGACCAUGUGCAAGACAUUUCCUCUCUAUCAGAAGAUCAUCUACCCAAAGAGUCUUGAGCCCCUGCAGCCCUAUUACAGGAAACCACUGGACUUCAGCAGUUUGGAUGACAUUGGCCAUGGGGUCAAGGAUCAAAGCACACAGCUGGCCAAAACAGGGACUCUGUCCCGGCGGUCAAUCAAGUCCUCGGCUGGGCAGUCAUCUGGAAAUCUUGGAAGAAGCCACUGGGUCCUGGAAGCGAUACAGCCACCAUUCAUCCCAGAAGGCCAACUCUCAUCAGCUUCAUCUUUGUCAUCCAUGAGCAGCCUCCCAGAAGCUUUGAACAGCACAAGUAUGAAAGGACCUUCUGAACCAGACCCUCCUCCUCCUCCUCCUCCUCCUCCUCCUCCUCCUCCUCCUCCACCACCACCACAAGCAGCAGCAGAUUUUCUUCUCCCUCCUCAAACAGAUAUUUUGCCACCUCCUCCUGUUCAAGCAGAUGAUGUUCUUCCUCUGCCUUACCCUGAGCCAGAUCUUGAUUUUCCAACUUGUCCUCUACCACCAACCCUGGACAUCUCUAAUUGUGGUCAGCUGAAGCCUCCCCUUCUGCCUCCUCCACCACCUCCAGAGAAAUUGCCAUGGGCCCCAGACACUUUUCUGGAGAAAGUUGUGACUCUCUACCCUUAUGUUCAGCAGAAGGAGAACGAACUCUCAUUUACAGAAGGGGCUGUUAUUUACGUGACACGGAAGUACUCAAAUGGCUGGUAUGAGGGAGUGACAAGUGAUGCAGAGGGGUUGUUCCCAGGGAACUAUGCUGAACCUUUGCACUGAAGGAGGCAGAAUGGAAGAGGAAAGAAGACAGAAUUUUAACACAGCCAAAGCUUUGAGGAGGGUAUGGAGAGCUCCUCUUUGCAUGUCCUCAUUUAAGUUGCCAAGACAUCAGUACUUCCCUGACUUACUAAGUUAGGCUAAAGUCAAGCUAGUGAAGGGGAGGUGUCAAGAGUACAAGGGAAGCUUCCCUAAAUCCACUGCAACGUAAAUAUAGGAUUUAUGGUUCCUCUUCCUCCUCAGUGCUCCACAGAGCUGAAAAGCUUGCCCAGCAGCUAAUAAGGAGCCCAUCAGUGGCAAUUUCUAUCCUUACAAAAAUAGUGAUUACCUAGGCUGCUGGGGUCUGGUACGCCAGAAGCCCAUGUCUGAUGAGUAUGACAAAUAAAUAAAUGAAUCCAGCAACAAACUUUCUACUACAUGUAUAGAAAAUAA